UGCACACCGGACAUGCUCAGCGCGACUGGCGCAAAUUCCGGUCCGCCUUAGCAUUGUUUUCAAUUGUGAAUGUGGCCAUUAAAGUCACAUAUUAACGUUGUGAUGGCCAUUUUAUUUAAACAGUUUUGUGGAAAACAACAAUAGAAUUCCACCAAAAAGGGGGAUACGACUUCUCAUUAUAUUCCUUUCAGAAUACUAUGUUUAAGAAGAUGGCUGAAUUUGGUCCAGAUUCCGGGGGGCGAGUAAAGGGGGUCACCAUCGUGAAACCAAUAGUAUUUGGAAAUGUUGCUCGAUAUUUCGGGAAAAAACGAGAGGAGGACGGGCACACUCACCAAUGGACAGUAUACGUGAAACCCUACAGAAACGAGGACAUGUCUGCCUAUGUAAAGAAGAUACAGUUCAAACUCCACGAAAGCUAUGGAAACCCACUUAGAGUUGUGACCAAGCCACCUUAUGAGAUCACUGAGACGGGUUGGGGUGAAUUUGAGAUCAUUAUCAAGAUAUUCUUCAUUGAUCCUAAUGAGAGGCCAGUCACCCUCUAUCACCUGCUGAAGCUCUUCCAGUCCGACUCCAGCGCCAUGCCCAAGAAGACCGUGGUGUCCGAGUUCUAUGAUGAAAUGAUUUUCCAGGACCCCACGGCCAUGAUGCAGCAGCUGCUGACCACCUCCAGACAGCUGACCCUGGGUGCCUACAAGCACGAGACCGAGUUCGCUGAGCUGGAGCUCCGCACGCGGGAGAAGCUGGAGCUGGCCAAGAGGAAGAGCAGCCAGGAGAUCACCGAGCUGAAGGAGAGGCUCAAGGCCAGCCGGGAGACCAUCAACUUCCUGAAGAACGAGAUCCGCAAGCUGGAGGAGGAGGACCAGCUCAAGGACCACUAGCGCAGACGAUGGGCAGCUCGGCGGCAGAGCAGUGCCCUGAAGCAAAGCAUGCUGGGAAGGGACAUGAGAACACGGAAAUGAAUAUGAAUGAUAAAUGGUCCAUGAAUUCA